AUGAGUGAGGGAUUCCUGUGUUGUGGUUUUACCUGGUUGCAUCGAAGCCAAGAAGAUGGGACAACCGUGGACAGGACAACCAGCAAGCGACCGGUGGUUCUACGCGGGCAUGUUGCUGGAGCAGGCACAGGAUAUUGCAGUUUUGUGAUCGGGUCCUUUGAGGUGAAGACUGUGUCGUCUAGAUAUAAGCAGAGGAGUGGUAUAGUACCAGGUGUUAGAUGGAUUGAUAACGAUACAGAUCAAGGUCGGCAGUUAUUGGAUUGCGAGUUGGAUGUUUUGACGGGCUGGAUCACGGGGUCUGGUCACUGUAUCAACAAGGCGGUGGGCGGCGGGAUCGAAGAUUCUGCCGCCGCUGCCGACUGA